UAAUAAUACAUCGAGUAUGGCCAAAAAAUUUCUAGAACUCUCUCUUGUGCGUUUUGUGUAGUAGUACAAAAACCUCUCCAACUCUCACGACUUCGUUUUAGUUCAAAAGAAGCUUCUAGGGUUUUGUUAUCCACUCUUUCCAUACUCUUCACCUCAUUCCCCUAUCCCACUUCACUCCUAUCCAAUCUUUCAACUCUUUUCUCCUGCAUCGAUUUCUCCUCCGGCAAUUCAUAUAGAUGGCAACUUCCCAGCUCACAGCAUCCUCAAUCUCAGCAAAUUGUUUUGUUUCCUUUGAUGGGCUUAGGAGUUCUUCUUCAAGCUCUGUCAAAACCUUAUCUUUUGCUCCUACCCUUUCAAAAAGGGCAUUCCGCGGCCUUGUUGUUAAGGCUGCCACUGUUGUUGCCCCUAAGUACACCUCAUUGAAGCCUUUGGGUGAUAGAGUUUUGGUGAAGAUUAAGGUACCUGAAGAGAAGACCAUUGGUGGUAUUUUACUUCCAACAACAGCACAGACCAAACCUCAAGGUGGUGAGGUUGUUGCAGUUGGAGAGGGACGUACAAUUGGCAAGACGAAGGUCGACAUAAGCUUGAAGACCGGAAGUCAAGUUGUAUAUUCCAAGUAUGCCGGAACAGAGGUUGAGUUUGAUGGAUCCAGCCAUCUUAUUCUGAAGGAGGAUGACAUUGUUGGCCUCCUUGAUACAGAUGAUGUGAAGGACAUGAAGCCCUUGAAUGACAGAGUCUUAAUUAAGGUAGCUGAGGCCGAGGAGAAGACGGCCGGAGGCUUGUUACUCACUGAGGCGACCAAGGAGAAGCCUUCCAUUGGCACCGUGAUAGCUGUUGGACCUGGUCCUCUUGAUGAAGAAGGAAACAGGAAACCGCUCUCAGUAUCCCCCGGAAAUACAGUGUUGUACUCCAAAUAUGCUGGCAAUGACUUCAAGGGGAGUGACGGGUCGGACUAUAUUGCAUUGAGGGCCUCUGACAUAAUGGCUGUUCUGUCCUAAUUGGCUCUAUUGUCAUUAUAGGGGGCAUUUUUUGUGUCAUACGGAAAAUUUCAUGCAGUUUUAGAUUUGAGGAUAUUGAUGUGAACGCAUCAAAAUAUAUUUUUGCAAGCUAGUGAUUGUUGCCUGAAAUGUGCAUGUCUCUUAGUUGUAAUUGAUUCUGCUCUUGCAUGGACACUAUUUUCUGGUAUUGUGCAAUGGUAUGAGAAUCAUAUUGGAAAAUGAUGGAUGCUGAUGGAAUCUCAGAUCUGAACGAACAGAAUUCCUCUGUACAUUUGGAGAGGCCAAAAACAAAAUCCAACAUAAACGAACUUGGAUCUUUAUGUUUCCUUGGGGGGUUAUGCUGUAGAUAAUUCGCUUUCGGAGUCCACGCAGAAAGACAGUUUGAUAACACAUUAAGGUUUCAUUUACCAAAUAAUGC